AUGGCAUCCGAACCAUUUGUCCUGGACUUACCCACAGUCCUCAGUCUGGCAUUUUCUCUUUCAUUCAUGCCAAUCGCAUACUACCUCGCCGACUAUCUAGUCCCACGUUCUCACUUCCGCAACCGCCUCCUAUUCAUCUGGCACGCUUAUGAUGCCCUAACCCACCUCUUCAUCGAAGGAUCCUUUCUCUACGAAUGCUUCUUCAGCUACACAACCGUCGCAGGAAUCCACUCUACAGAUCCCUCAUUCCUUAACCGACCUGACCGAAUCUACGGCCCCGCAUACGGAACCGGACCCUUCGCGCGUCUCUGGCAAGAAUACGCAAAAGCAGAUCGUCGCUGGGCCGGCGCAGAUAUCAACGUUGUUUCCCUGGAACUCCUUACAGUGUUCCUGGGUGGACCAGCUGCUAUCUAUAUCUGUUACUUGAUUGUGAAGUCGGCAAAUAGCAAGGUUCCAGUACAGGCGCGUGGCAAGGCUAAGUCUAUGCUGUGGUUUGUUUCUACUAUUCUUGCUACUGCGGAGCUCUAUGGUGGGUUUAUGACCUUUGCGCCGGAGUGGUUGACUGGUUCGUCGCAGUUGGCUACGGAUAAUCCUGUUUACCUUUGGUUUUACCUUUUCUUCUUUAAUACCCUUUGGGUCUUUGUGCCUAUUUGGGUUCUUUUGGAGGCUAAGAAGGAGCUUCAGGCUGCUUUUACGACUAAGGAGGAACGUUCUGAGCGUUCUGAGCGCAAGAGACAUUAA